UUCUUAACCAAACGUGCCCGAGUCCAGUCGGAAAUCGAGAGAACUCGCCCAGUGGUUUUUUUAUUUAUUUUGCCAUUUUCCAAGUUCGGCGGUUUGUUCUUAUUUUUGUUUUUCACUUGUUGUACCGGGGUGUUUUUUUCUAUUAAACAGGCCCUGAUUAAAAAGGCCGAAUUCUCUACGAUUUCGUCACUCUUUUACGGGGUCUGUACAUUCGUCUUGUAAAUAUGGCAAGUUGACAUACAAAAGAGGGAUCUGCCCCCCCAGUUUAUCAUGAACAAUGCAGAAGGAUACAGGAGGAGGUUGUCUCAAUGUCUGGAGCAGGACGAAGAAGACUCGGAUUCCGGUGCGGCCCGGGCCGAAGAAGAGAGGAGGAAGGAACAUGGGAAGAAGAAGGAGCACAAAAACCGCCACCACGACCCCAAAUUCGUCGACACCUCCCUGGUCGGGAUUAGGCCGUCGAGCUCUUCCGCCCUCGACGUCGGCGAGAUCUGGGUGAGGAGGACACCGGAAAAAGAGAAGAAGAAAAGAGACCCAAAUCUAGGAGUUGUCCCAGGACAGUCGGUGGAAAUGGCCGGAUCCGACCCAUACAGGAACAGAUAUGACACGUGGGGUUCCCACACGGCCGCUCUGAGGGACCAGGAGAGACGACGGAUCGCCGGCCGAGGUGAUGCCGUCUACCACACAGUGACAGGGGCCGUAUCCCAGAACACCCGCCAGCACCAGGUCCCCUCGAUCUUCGAGGUGUUCCGGCCGCGUUCCAAGUCCGACGCCGCGACCAAAAAACCGACGCUGAUCGGCUCGAUGAAAAACGCCAUGCAGAAUUCUCUGAAGUCUCAGUCGUCGACGAGCGGCGAAGGAGAGACCCACUCACGAGGACCGGUCGCCAAAGUCAUCCACCUCUUCAGGCACAGGUCUCAGUCGGCGGCUUCAGCAGAAGAAAAGAGAAAAGCCAGGGCGGCGGCGAUACACCAGCAGCAAGUCGCAGCGCACACCGCAUACCUGAAAGUCCUUAACUACCCCGCCACCGGCCCCGAGACCUGCGAUGCCAUGCCGCCCCCGAUCUUCCUCACCCCUCCUCCGGACGAGAAGCAGAUGAAGAAAUGCAAAUCUAUACAGGACCUGCUCAAACAGAUCGGUAAGGCGGUCAGGUCCAAGUCGCCGUCCAAAGGGCUGCUCGAGGUGCCGGUUGCGUUCCGGGGGAGGAGCAGGUCGCUCGACGACGGUUCAAGGGGGUCCGGACCCUCGUCGUCCGACUCGUCGCCACCCGUCGUCGACACGGCCACUGCUUACAAGAUUUACGAUCAGAUCCUAAAUGAAGGUGUGCUGAGGAGGAGCUCGAUAGAGAAGAGGCGCCUCAGCCUCGGAACACCUGGUCACAGGGGUUCAGAACCAUCCCUCGACCCCAACCAUGCCGCCAUACUCUUCAGGGACUCACGAGGGCUGCCCGUUGCAGAUCCGUUCCUGGAGAAAGUUAACAUGUCUGAUUUAGAGGAGGACGAGAGUCAGAUUUUCGUGAAGUUCUUCAAGUUCCACAAGUGCUACGGCCUGAUACCAACGAGCGCCAAGCUCGUAGUCUUCGACACGCAGCUCCUAGUCAAGAAGGCGUUCUUCGCCCUCGUCUACAACGGGGUAAGGGCAGCGCCGCUCUGGGACUCGACUGAGCACAAAUUCGUCGGGAUGCUCACGAUAACGGACUUCAUCAAGAUACUCCAGAUGCACUACUCGAGCGGUACGAUGACACUGGACCAGAUGGAAGAGCACAAGCUGGACACUUGGAGGACCGUACUCAAAGACCAGAUACGAGACCUGAUCUCAAUCAGCCCAGACGCAUCCCUAUACGACGCCAUCAAGGUGCUCAUCCACAACCAUAUCCACAGGCUGCCCAUCAUCGACUCGCAGACUGGCAACGUAUUAUACAUACUGACUCACAAGAGGAUACUCAGAUUUCUUUUUAUUUAUAUUAACGACCUGCCAAGGCCGAGCUUUUUAAACAAGACACUUGGCGAACUGAGGAUAGGUACGUUCGAGAACGUCGAAACAGCCCGCGAGGACACGACGAUAAUCGCUGCCCUCAACAAAUUCGUCGAGAGGAGGAUAAGCGCAUUACCGAUCGUCGAGGAUGGCCGCCUCGUUGACAUUUUCGCCAAAUUCGACGUGAUUAAUCUCGCUGCUGAAAAGACGUACGACAAGCUUGAUGUGUCGCUCAAACAGGCCAACGAGCACCGCAACGAGUGGUUUGAAGGGGUUCACAAGUGCAGCAUGGACGAUACGCUCUAUUCGAUAAUUGAAAAAAUCGUCAGGGCUGAGGUUCACAGGUUGGUGGUGACAGACGACGAGGACAAGGUGAUUGGCAUACUUUCACUCUCCGACCUCCUGCAAUAUCUCGUCCUCAGGCCGUGCGGCGAGGAGAUCCUGUCACGACCGAUGACGCCGAUAUCUGAGCUGGCGGCCAUCGCCUCCGAAGAGACGAUACUCGAAGGCGAGGAGGACGCAGAGUCGAGCAGAGAGUCAACGCCGCCCCUCACACCACAGCUGUCACAGACUUGGCGCGAGGUGGCUGUCUCGGGAGGUGAAUAAGGGCCGCCAUAAAAUAAAACAAAAAUAAUAUUUU